UUUCAGAAAGUAAUUUUCAAAAGAACUAGCAGAACAGUUGAGAGAUGGUUAAAUUAUCAUCCGGCAUCGCGGUUAUCGAUUUAGAAAGCAGUAAAGUUAUGUUUCCUCAAGGGGAUGCAAUUAAAUGCGAAAAGGGCCAUUUGCUGUUAAUUGGAAAACCGUAUUUCCGUGCAGAGGCGUGUCUUCCACCUAACUCUGUUUCCUGUGAUGGGUCCAAAGCACUGGUGGAUAAAUUAAAUGCAUGCCAGCUAAUUGGCGAAAUUAUUAAUGUGUUGGACGAUAUGAUUGGAUCUUGGGCAGUUAUUUAUUAUAGGGAAGACUUCAAGAAAGUACUGCUUGGACGUGAUAUAUUUGGUCGAAAAAGUUUACUAUGGAAACGAGUGGAUACAAAAUUUUAUUUUUCCAUUUUCGUUUGCGAUAGGCAGCGGAGCUGGUACGAUGUGCCAUCGGGCACGGUAACUGUUCUUGAUUUGUGCAAUAAGGGAAAUACCACUAUAUUUCAUGUUUUCGAAGCCAGCGGACCAUGGGUAGAACAAUUUAAUACACUUUGCCUGGUGGAGAGGAAACUAGUUUCGGAAAGAUUCAUACCUUCACAUGAACUGGGUUUUAAAAAUGUAAAUCGCGAAGAUAUGGCGAAGAUUAUGUUGAAACAGUUGAAAGAAGCUGUACAUCGUACAGUUUCUAACCUGGAUGUAUUUACGAAAUCUAUAUCACUGUCGUUCAGUGGUGGUGUGGACAGUUUGUUAAUUGCUCAUUUGAUGGCUCACUGUAUGCCGCAAAAUGUAAUAUUCGAUCUAGUGAAUGUCGCUUUUGACAAGGGGGAGAAUUACGAUGGGGCUCCAGACCGACCACAAAGCAAAAAAGCAUUCAAAUAUCUAAAAUCUUGCUACCCUGAACUCUCUCUUCGCCUGCUUCUGGUUAAUGUUGAUCUGAAUGAAUUGGUAUAUUGCCGAAAAAAAUUUAUAUCAAGUGCAGUGGCUCCAGCUUGCUGUGUCUUAGAUGAUUCGAUUGGAUGUGUGCAAUGGUUCGCUGCUCGUGGUGAAGGGCUCCUGUUCGAAGAUGAGGAGAAGCCUUUCGUACCUACAAAAUCAGAAGCCGGUGUGGUAUUUGUCGGUAGCGGUGCAGACGAAUUGUUUGGUGGUUACAUGCGGCAUAGAACCACCUAUCUGAAGAAAGGAAGAAACGCGGUAGUGGAAGAAUUGCGUAAAGAAUUAAGUAGGAUUGGUGAAAGAAAUCUUGGACGUGAUGAUAGAGUGGUCUCAAGUCUAGGCAAGGAUCUAAAAUCACCGUUUCUUGAUGAUUUAUUCGUUGAAUGGGUCAACUCUCUACCCCUCGAAUGCAAAACUGAUUUUACGCAACCUCGAGGGAUUGGAGAAAAGUGGUUGGUACGAGAUGCAUUAAAGAUAUUGGGAACACCACAGUCGUUAUGUCUUACUCCGAAACGUGCUAUGCAAUUUGGUACAAGAAUAGCAAAAUUGGAAAAUCGAGGAGAAAGAGGAAAUGACAUUUGUCUUAGACUUUUGGAAGAAUGAAUUUGACAAUGUUAUUGUCAGUGGGUUCAGCAUAUGCACUUAUAUCGAUAGGGAGAGGGGUGAAAACAACUUGUGCAACGAGGUAUAGUAAAGUGUCACUUCGCACCUUCAGGCAAGCCAUUAGGAGACUGUAAAAUUGAUAAUAUAUAAAUUUGCUUCUAUAAGAUACUUCACAAAUCAAAUAUGAACAAUCGAUGCGAACCAUUGAAUCUGCCGCAAAAUAAGUAGUGUUCAGCAGUGCAUCCUGUCAUAAACAAAAGUUUUCGCAAUUUGUUUUUGGGACAGACUUCUGGCUGAUGGAUCGAAUCCCGACUGAUGAUGCAUUUUUCUGAUGAAGACCCGAAAUUCAGUGAUCAAAGAACCAGCAUAGAUAGUUAUUGGGAAUUCUCUUUUAAGAUACUUGAUAUUCAUUCUCUUCAUUUUCUGUUCACUGAACCAGUCCACGACUCAUCAGUAAAGUUCAUCGCGAUAAAAAGAAUAUAAACAUAGGUUCGUAAUUGGUUUUGAAUUUAUUAAAUGGUCAUCAAAGG